CAGUCGCACCAGCUCUCAGCCAGACCGCGAGACAUGUGGCUGAGACUUUCUGAAAGCUACGCUCCGUUUUUUAGCCCAAAACAAUUCCCGGAUCGUGUGAUUCGUCAGCAUUUCAUAGCAGGAGUUUGGACAUUAAAAACAGUUCACUAGGUGCAACCCAGCUGCAACAGCACGUAAAGUGGUGAUCAGGACAGCCCGGGGCGGACAUGACUGGAGCUGGAAGUGGCGGCCAGGGCCCACCGGAUGGGACGGAUGCUGAGGAGGCGGAGAGAUGUCCUAUCUGCCUUGGCGUCCUGGCUGGAGGCGAGCUCGCCAUGCCCGACAGCUGCUGCCACGUCUUCUGCCUCAGAUGUCUCCUCACGUGGGCAGAGCUGCAGAUGGCUCCUUCCUGCCCGGUGGACAGAAGACCUUUCACUAAUGUUUACAGAUGGGACGGGAAUCUCAGCUGUGUGCAGGUUCCCGUGAGGAAACGAGCGACUCAGCCUGAAGCUGAGAGCUGCUGCUGUAGAAACCCCGAACAAAAAGUCUGUCUCAAAAGUAAGCCUGCAAGAAGACCAAGACGGCAAAAGGCGGAAAGGACGGCAGACGCCAAAACAAAAGGACUUGUGAGGAAAUGUAACGAUGAUGACCCUUCCUCACUGAGCAGGAAAAAGGUGAGAGGAACAGAGUGCUGCACUUGGUCACCGUCUUCCUGUGUCUCAUUAACGACAGCAUCAACUCAGGACAUUGUGGAGCCUGUGUGGGUGACAGAGGACAUACCAUAUGACACGUGGUCCCAACAGUGCAAACCCCAGGCGCAAGACUGUCCGUGGCUUUCUCCUGCUGCUCCCAUCCCUGCUGGCGGCACCUCCAGGCAGAAUUUCCAUCCCACUGGUUGGAGCCACAGCCCAUUUCCAUCUCCUUUCACCUCCAGUUCACUGUUUGGCCCUGGUCAUUUCGUGUUUCAGGGUGUUGUCUGCGCCAUCACGUGUCCCAAAGGAGGAGAGAAGAGAGGCGGUAGAGCUUCAACCUCCAAAGCUCCCACCAAAGAAGCCAAGUCUCUACCAUCCAGGCGAUCUGGACGCAACAGCAGAUCCCAGGAAGAGGCUCCUGCAGCUGAGCCAGCAUCACCGCCACAGUCCAGUUCAUCAGACUCUGAAUCCCCCACAGGCCAGUCCACCAAGCCGGGCAAGGCUUCUCAGGCUCCGGCCAAGCGGAAGGGCAAACAGGUAACAAAUCGAAAGGCCAGUGGGAAACGGAAAGCCCCAACUAGGAAAAAAAAAUCACCGGAAGUCGUUUGCAGCCCGGCAGCAAGUGAGGAGGAGGAAGAGGAAGAGGUUGAUGGAUGUGACAACGUGGAGAAGGAGAAGGAGGAGGAGGAGGAGGAGGAGGAAGACAAAACUGAUCAGGAACUGGAUUUGAACAACACAGAGCCACAGCAGUCUGAUGCUGAAGGAAGCCUCAAAGACCAGGACGGGUUCACCUCCGCUGAUGAUCGAGGAGAUGCUGAACCCUUCAGUAAUGAUGUGGGACAGGACAGUGACGAGACUCAGGAACAAUCUAAUGAACAUGAACUGAAACUGGAUGAGGGGGGCGAUGACCUGUCUUCUUGUCCCUCAGACUCGGCUCCUAAAAGCCCUGGUUCAUGCUCUGAGGGUGACCAGAGCAAGAAGGAGGAGGAGGAGCCUGCAAGUCCUGUUUCCUCUGGAGAAAAGGACUGUGACAAAAGGACUUCACCGUCACCGUCUGAUUCUGAGAACGCUCUGAUGGACAACCUCAUGUCUCCACACUGUGAUGAGCAGGCUGAGCACGACGAUGACAUGGAUGUUUGUGCAGAGUCAGAAGAUGGCAACAAUGAAGAUUCUUUAAAGGACGUGAUGACUGAAUCAUGUGAGAAUUCUCAGCAACCAGCUUCGCCCUCUGCUGGAGAGUCGGAGGAUAAUUCAGCUGUCCCAGAAUCUAAAGCCUCUGAGGACGCUGAAAUAAAAAUGCCUGGAUCAGAGGAGCCUUCAGAUGUUGACAGUCCUGGGGUAGGAACCAAGGGUGACAGUCCAUCCAAAGGCGACAGUCCAUCCAACUGUGACAGUCCAUCCAAGGAUGAAAGUCCAUCCAAGGAUGAAAGUCUACCCAAGGAGGAUGGUCCAUCCAGGGAUGACAAUGAAGUUGUCCCCAUGGACUGCAGUUCGCCCACGAGUGAGCAUGGUGACAGUCCCAUUGUGGUACUACCAAAGGAGAGUGCUGCUCCAGCUGCUGCCGAACUCGCUGCUUCUGCAAGCCAAGUCGCCAAGGACGAGAGCUCCAAGGACCAACAGGAGAGAGAAAGGAGCCAAGAGAGGAAGAAUGGCAGGCAGCGGCGCUCUCGCUUCCACUCCCCAACCUCUACCUGGUCACCUAAGAGGGACUCCAAGCGAGAACCAUCAAGACACUCACGCUCACGAUCUAGAGAACGUGACAGCAGCCCGCCCUCUCGUCGCUCGUCCAGAGCUCGCAGCAGAGAAAGAGACAGGGACCGGGACAGUGAGAGAGACUAUUCUAGGAGGGAACGUAGUCGCGAGAGGAGAAGGAGGCGAUCCAGGAGUCGCUCUAGGUCCAGGUCACGUUCUCGGUCUCGGUCUAGAUCACGAUCCAGAACAAGAUCAUACAGACGAGGGCCCAGCCCGGAACGGCCAGCCUCCAGAGAGCAGUCUCCCCAGAGGAAGGAGCGCAGGGGAGGCUGGAGGUCCGGGCAGGGGAGUGGGUCUGGUGGUGAGGGACGGAGGCAUCACGGAGGCGCUGGCCGCUUUGAAAAUGGUGUGCCUACAGAAAGUUCCCCUGAACGCCAGGCCUGGUCAGAAAAUCCAGACUGGGUUGUAGAAAAGAGUCGAAGUGAUGCUGACAGCAAGAACCGGGACUUUGGCUUUAGUGGUGGCUCACGAUGGGAAGAUCGCAACAGUGGCGGGAACAGAGGAGAACCACGGGGCCGUGGGGGGCGUGGAGGGUUUGAGCGCAGUCGGGGCACUGGGCGGGGUGGAGGCAACCGUAGCUUCUACAACCAGCAGGAAGAAACUGCUGACAACCGCUGGCAGCCUAGAAGCAACUUCUCAGGUACAGGUAACAAUUCAGGGAAUGACGCGUACAGCCGCUUCAACGAAAACCGGGGCGGUGGGCGGAGGAAAGAGCCGGAGUCAGCAGAGUCUAUGCUUGACCGGUCGGGCUGGUCAUCAGCAUCCAGCUGGGCUGUCAGGAGGACAUUACCUGCAGAUGUUCAGGAUUAUUACUCCAAGAGGGAGAGAGGAGGACCAGGAGGCUGGAACCGACAGGAGGAGGAGCAGCCGGCGGCAGCAGCAGAUCCCCCUAAAAGCGAGCCUCCUCCCCAGGCAGUCCCGGGCAACGCCCCUGGUAACGCUCCGGUGCCUGUGAUGAGCGUGAUUCCUCCUCCACUGAAUGUUAUUCACCAUCACUACCCCAUGCAGGGCCCGCGAGGACCCCUGCCGGUCAGCUUGCAGCCUGCAGCACCGUAUGCCAUGCCUCCUCAGGUCCCUGUGCACCUCCAUCCUGCUGUACCACUGCUUCAGGUCCCUGCUGUUGGUGCUCAGGGCCUCCCGCCCCCUCCCCCACCACCGCCACCCAUGCAUCAAGGCAGCCAGACAGCAGCAGCUCAGCCUGAUGGCUACACAACGCCGAUGGCGAAUACAAUGGUGGGUUAUGGGAAACCUGGCCUUCUUCCUACCCCAACCAAAGCUGGUGUUGCUGCGGUGACCCAUGGCCAGCCGGCACCCAGCCAGGUGCUGCCAUCCUCCACAACUCAGCCCAGCCUGCAUAACAAGGCUCAGGCUGACAGCUCCAAAAAAGAAAAGAAACAACAGAUCCAAGAAAGAGCUAUAAAUGAAGUGAAGACAGCCAUCAAACCCUAUUACCAAAAGAAGGAAAUCACGAAGGAGGAGUAUAAGGAGAUUGUCCGCAAAGCGGUAGAGAAGGUGUGUCACAGCAAGAGUGGUGAGGUGAACUCCAGUAAGGUGGCCAACCUGGUGAAGGCCUACGUGGACAAAUACAAGCACGCCCGCAAGAAAUAAAAACCCCGCCCUGCUGCUGGCGAGGCGAUGCCCUCACAGACCCAUUCAGCUGCUCAAGUGCAAUUUCCUCUAGCUGGAAUUUGGCCUCCAAACUGAAAGACAACGGAGAGCCAACAUUUUCUUUUUUUGAUAUCUCUACCUUUUAUUGAAUGAUGAAGAUUUUUUUCUAUAGAUUUUCAUAUUUUGUUAGAAAAAGAAUUACCCAAUCAGAAAAUUGUAAUGCAAGAGCCCUUUAUUUUGCAUAGGUCAUGUGACUUGGGGAACUACUGUAAAGAGCACAGGGUUGCGUGGGGGGGGGGGGGGGGGGGGGGGGUUGGGGACGGCUGAUAUUAAAGAUGCAACGCUCAGUGAAUGACGUCAGCUCAUGUAGUGGAGAGUCUCUCCCAGGGUGCCAGCUGGUACGAUUAAUUUCUCCUAAAUGGCAUCCUGAUGGCAUAGCUUAUUAUUAUUAAUUGAAUAUUGUCAAUGUUCUUUUUUUAAAUAUUAUAUAAUAUUUCAGAUGAAAGCCUAGUUUAAAAAACAGUGCAUUGCCUUUAUUAAUCUCUGUGGCCCAAGUAAGGGCUGAAAUCUGAUGAGUGUGAUUGUAAUCAGGGCCCUGAUUGGUUGAGGAGACGCUAAGUGGGAUGGCCAAUCAGCAGUGAGUUUGCUAGCAAGGCGCAGGUCCCAGGGGGGCAGAUCAAGUGAAAUUAACCCCACCCCCUGCCUGAAUGUGUAAUAAAUGUCAAUGGGUGAACAUGAACUGUGCAAAGUAUCCAGAGAGUAGUGAAAUAAAUUAGCUGCUUCCUGAUCUGCUGUGUGUUUGUCAAGAGGCUUCACAUGGAGGAAGGAAACGCCUCCAUUUUAGACUUUAAUAAUGGAAGUGUUUCCUUCUUCAGAGGGUUUGUUUUAAUUUCAUCUCCAUCUUUGUUUCUGUGAUGCUUCUGCUCUACACUUCCAAAAAAAAUCUCCUUUGAAACAAUGGGUAGUAUUGUGAUGUUGUCUUUCUUUGGAAAUGACUACCAGACAUCGAGUGAAAAGCUUUCAUGAGUUGGAGGUACAGUAGGUUGGAGCGCUGCUCUAUAAUAUAAUAUUACAGUUAGAUACAGACACGUAAAAGAAAAUUAACCAAAUUAACCUGUAAACAACACUGACAUCACAUCAGUUGCGAUGUAUGGAAGCUCAUUUCUGCCAUUGUAAUGAACAAAACAUCCCAGUCUUAAUAAUGUGAAACUUAAUCAAAAUAAUAAGAAGCUAAAAGAAUUUUAAAGAAUAAAGAUAAUGACUAUCUCAAAAUAAAGAGAUAAUAUUUCAAAAUUAGUUUCUAGAAUAAGCAAAUCAAAAUGUUGUCUUGCUUUCUCAUCUCAUCUCACAAUAAUAACUUGGUAUCCUAUAAAUAAUGACUUAAUAUAUCAAAAAUAAUGCUUUAUCUCAAGAUAGUGAGAAGCUUUCUUAGAAGUAUGACUAAGUAUAUCAGAAAUAAAGACUCAUCUUAAAAUGAUGUCUUGGUAUCUCAAAGUAAUGAGCAAGUAUCUCAAAAUAAGCUCUUAAAAAAUUUAAAACUCAAAAUAAUGACUCGCUUUCUCAAAAUGAGUAUUUCGAAAUAGUGAAAUAGUGAAACUUUCAAAUCUUACUUAAAAAUCUCUAAUGAGAAAUCGUAGUUAAAUUAUUUUGAGUUAAGUCAUUUUCAGAAAGUUUGUCAUUUCAAGAUACUAACUCAUUAUUUUAAUAAAGUUUCUCAUUAUUUUGAGAUACUUAGUCGUUGUAAUGAUGACUCAGGAUCUUUUUCCAUCACACUGGCAGAACUAGGCGUCCAUAGCUAAGUUAUAGCAAACCUGUCAGCAAACAUAUUACUGACACACCCAGCAGUUACAAAGCAACACUUUCCAUGUGGAGUUGUGUCGGUGAGUUCAGGCUCCAGUGUCCACUCUUUUCUCUCUCUUUUAGCUCUGUUUUUGGUCUCAACUCCUUAGAGCAGGGGUCCAUUAGCUCAAAGAGAGAUAGAGUAGGAAACCCCUACUACAUAUAUUGUAUAAAACUCAGUUGUACCUGAGAUAACUAAAAGAUUUCAUGUCUUCUCUAAUUUGCAUUUGCCUGUAGCUGCUAACUCAACAGCAGUUGUAGCAUGGCUAGGUGCGUUAGCUUACGUGCACCGCUUGUUUCUGAGGUGGACGGUGUGUCAGAGUCCGUUGCUUGAAGAGGCACAAAACAAUUCAUGAUAGCCCUCAAGAAUGUCCGUACACGUGACAUAAAACAGUUAAUUAGCCAAUAUGUAAAAAGGGGGCCGCACAGUCAUUUAGCAUUUAGCUAGCUCACAUGAUAGGGACUCAUGACUAACAGUCUAUUAUUAAUAUUGUGUACUGUUAAUUCAACGGGUUUCAUUAAUAGGCCAGUUUUUCUUUUCUAAUAAUAUGUUGGAGCAUGUUAAUGUUUAUUUUCAGACACAUUUUAAUUUCUGUUAGAAUUUUUUUUUUUUUAAAUUUAAAUUGGUACUCAAAUUUUAGAGGUAAUUUGGCGGCCCCUGUGCAGCAACUCUGUGGACCCCCAGUUGAAGACCCAGGCCUUCGAGAUAUACCUUGUUCUUUAGCUGCUUAAUGCUCCGCUGUGUUCUAGUCUUUUACUGGUAGCAGGUAGCAUACAGCAGGUUUUUGGAAGUUCUCUGAAAACAGUGGCAUGCUGCGGCUGAAACUAACACCUUGAGACCUGUGAGACUGGAACCAAACCAGUAAAGCUGUGGGUUAGAUGGCUAAACAAUCAGCUAAAACUCAGUACAAAGUGCAUGGUGUCAGCAGUCAACACAUGCUCCGUCACAGACCGGACUGUUGGCAGUGUAGACAGGUGUUUUCUAUUGACCUGGCUGAUUAAACCUCAGGUUGACAGUGGGUGAAGCUGUACUGGAAAAUAAGAAUUGUCUUUUUUCACUGGAGAUAUUUUGACACUUCGAAUAAAUAUAAAAUAAGUGAUGGAUGAAUUCCAUUUAGCUACUUCAGUUUUAGGGUCCUGGUGUUGUUUGUGCAGGCUCACUGUCAGAACAGGACAGAGCCAUUAUUAAUGUUAUUAGUAACACCUGUGCUUUUCCUGCUAUUAGAAAAAAUACCCAUGUUGAAAGUGUAAUUUGUCCUGCUCAGCAAAGCUAACUUGAGAGUUUGGGAGAUGUUAGUCAACCAGAAGAGAUCUAAUCAGCCGGUCAAUUAAAAUCGCCUGUGCAGGUCUACCAUGGUUGUGCAGUGCAUGGCCUUUUAAAGCACUAGAGAUUAAAUAUGGUUUGAUAUCUCAGAGAAGUCAAUAAAUCAAUACCAUAAAACUCAAUUAAUAGCCCAGGCUAUUAUUUGCUUAAAUCACUGAAAUCAACAGGCCUGUAUUUGGGACAGUCCUUUAAUUCCUUUCACACAAAACUGUUGCUCAGCAAAGAUCAGGAGAUACAAUCAAAUUGUUUAUUUAAACCAGUUUGAAUAUUACUUGGAAUAUGAAUUACUUACAGGGUAAUUGAGGAUUGGACACAUAAUUUUAGGUAGCUAACAACCCAGUUUUAUACAUUUGAAGAACUUCUAUAAAAAACUUAGAUUAAAUUAAAUUAAAAAAAAAAAUACUUCUGCUUGGCAACCAGAUCAGGUGUCUCAUUGAGACAGGCUUGAAUCUGUCUGGCUUUUAAUUGCAGUUUUACGGUAAAUAAAUGAGCUUCAGGCUACCAGUGGACCUUGUGAUGAGAAGGUUUAGUCAGCUGCAUCCAAGGUUAGGAACCAUAGCCUAUUUCGGGCUCAUUUACUGGCUUGAACUUUUUAAGUUGUACAUGAGCUGAAAAGUUGGUAAGUCUGGCUUACCCUGUUAAAGUACACAAAAUAACCCUAUUUUAUAUCAGAGCUGUACAAAUAUUGAAUCUGUGUGGGAUAAAAAGGUUAAAUGGAUUUGUCUCCAGCUGUGGAGUGUCCUGUUUUGACCACUAGGGAGCAGUGUUGUCAAGAGAAAAGUGAAGUUCAUCCCAGGAGGAAAUGCUUGGUUUUAAUUUAUCACUUAAGUCAUGCUUGAAGCAAUUCCCUGUCAGUCUGCAAUUAGAGAAUAAAUACCACCCCACCAUAAGGACACUGCCUCUCAUUAUUGCCUAUAUUUAUUAUAUAUAUUCAGAAAAAUGUAGAAUUCAUGAGUUAUUACUGAGAAAAAUGACAGAGGGUUUCCUAAGCAUGCAGAAUGUAUUUGUCUUUAGUAUCUUUGAAAUAUUAUAUCAGUGUGGACGUUUAAUACAGGAUGCACAAAGCCAUUUUAAGAAGAAACUGAAAAGCAUUUCCCUUAAAAAACAAUUUAUUACUAAGGCCCUCUAGUGGCCUCGCUGAGGUGGACUAUAAUUCAGACAACCAUCUGACUAGACAUUUCAAACUGCGUGACGGUGGACCUGGUUUAAAGUGACUGGGUGACCUCCAGAUCAGUUUUCACCUCGUUGUACUCAUAAACCAUGUUAACAAACUCUGCUCAGACUAAAAUAAGCUGACCAGAACAAAAUGAACACCAAGGCCAUGUUAUAGUUUAUGGUCUUUGCAGUGCCUCUGUGUACAGUAUGGAUACUUUAUGAUCAGUUUGUCUUCAGUAAAUUUUACUAAUAGUUUUUUACACUAAUAUAUAUGUUAAUGGGUCUACGGAUGUGUUCAGGGAGAAAUAAUAAAUGUUUUCCUUCACCAACUAUACUGUUCAUACUUUUAAAAUAAAAUUUGUACUGUAUUUGUCAUUAAUGAGGUCCCCUAGUGGCCUGUAUUGUGUUUUGCAGGUAUUCUGACAACAGUCUGACCAGACAUUUGAAGGUCUGUCAGUCGUAACUCCAUGUCCUCAUAAACCACAUUAACAAACUUCUCAGACAAAGAAAGGCUGACACAGGACACAAAGAACACAAACAUGUAAUAGAUUAUCUUUGAUUUUUAAUUGGACAUUAUUUACAGGAUAUACAUAGUGUUUCAUUGAAACAAGAGUGUAACACUGGUGGGCAAAGCCCUCUUUGCUCCUGAGGUCAAGAGAUGGCUGAUGUACUCUCCAACCAAGAUGUGCAUAAAGAACAUUUCACUGAUUCUGGUUUGUGUUCAGGGGCCAAAAGGGAAACAAGACUGCUGCCGCUGGUAUCAGUGGCUUCCACACGUAACACAGUUUUCACAGAAUCAACACAGUAGGAUAAUUCAGUCAGUCUUAACAGAGAUGAACAGUUAAAGCUCCUGCGUUUUGGAGCCAAUUCAAUAUCACAAAUUCACCAGCUUGGGGUUUUUUUGCUUUUGUUUUACAGCUCCAAUGCAUUAUUGUAAAAAAAAAAGGAAGUUCAAACAAAACAAAGCGUAUAUACAGUUGAACUCAAUAGAUAUAUAUACAUAUAUAUAUACAUACAAUAUUAUAUAAAUAUAGUAAAAUAGAUUAAAUUACAUUGAUUUCACGGUCUUCCAUAAAUAGAUGUUGGACAAUAACAGUAUGGUGACGUGUUAAGUUAGUGUUGGAAGCACAGUGCACCGUCAGAUGACAGGUUCACGACUCGACCGGAAAGAAGUCCGUGUCAAGCUAUCAAGUUCUUCAUUGUGAAACAUUUCCAAAGCAGAAAACUGCGCAACCGUACGCAAAAACACUCAAAUAACGUGACAGAUUCUCUCCUUAGCUUUGUUGUUGUUGUUUGGUUGUCGGUGUUCAAGAGCACACCUGACUUCUAGUUUUUAGUUGUUUUUUUUUU